GCGCAAGAUGGCAGCUACCCGGAAAUAAGGCGUUUUGCAAAUUUUAAUCGAAUAAAGUCAAAUUGCUUGACGUAGAAACAAGCAAAGCGUCCAAAGAAAAAACAGAUGCAUUCUUCGUUAAAGUAGUAAUCCAUAAACAUUGAAAAUGACUGCUAUAAAGCACACAUUACAGCGUGAAGUGUUCCUUCCUUGUGAUGAGAGACUCAUUGGUGUGGUUCAUGUAAACAAGGCAGGCAAAAAGAAGAAAGCAAGUUUUCUCUGUGCUGCAGUGACCACUGAGAAACCAGUUCAAGUGUUCUUGUAUCUAGUAAAGAAGGCAGACAAGGGGGACACAUACAAGAAAAAGACAUCAUGGCCACUCAGGAGCCUCCGGCAAUUUGAUAAUAAGGACAUAACUAAGGAUAUAGCAGAUUUUGACAUUGUAAUGCCAGAUAAGACAUUUAAAUGGACAGCCAGUAAUAUUCAAGAGAAGAACUCAUUCAUCACAUGUCUUUGGAAGCUAUGCCAGAGAUACCUUCAGCAGAAACCAGAAUUUCUUAAUGUACACUCAAGUUUAUUAGAGGAUGUCACGGCUGUUGGUGAGUCUGGCUCCACUAAAAAAGGUUUAGAGGAGCUGCUCCCACCAUCAGAAGAAGGAUAUGCUAAUAUUACUGCCAGAGAGGAGAAGGACCUUGAGAGUUUAAUGAAGGACUGUGAGUUUGCUAUAAGCAAUGCUGAAGCAUUUGGGGAACAACUCAGUAAAGAUCUCUCUAUAUUGGACGGAGCAAAUAUUCACUCGAUUAUGAGUUCAGAGGAACAGGUCCACAAGUUGAUGCAGUUUAUAGAUGUCGCUCUAGACGAAGCAACAGAAAUAGAACAGAAACUUGAUGGCUAUGACAACUUGCUGCAGAGUGUGAAAGACCAAAUGGAAAUAAUGAAAGACAAAGACACAUUUAUACAAAUUAAGAAUAGGAAUCAUAAAGAACUUCUGGAUGAACUAGACAAACUCAUUAGUAAACUUGACCUUGAUCACAAACACAUGAAGUCUUUACUUGAUGGUGACCUUUCAACCCCCACUGGUAUCUAUGAGAGCACUGUUGCUGCACAGUCCCUGCAGGAUUGCAUGAAUGUAGAGAUACAUCCAGCACUCAGCAAGAUGCAGGCAGUUGUCGAGCAACAAAGGAGGUUUGACAAACUGAAGUCAACAUUUGCCAAACGUGUUUCACACCAUCUCAACAACCUCUUCAUACAUCAGGGAAAUGAGAUGGAGACACUGAGCAGGCACACACAAGAUCUUAAGCUGCCCCAGCAUCAUUCAAGCCAUAGAGACCUUCUUCCAUAUGCUGAGCUCAUGUUGUGGUUGAAGACUGUUGAAAAUCAACAUUAUACAUCAUUGGCCAAGGUGUAUACUACUAGUCUAAGCAAACUUUAUGACAGAGAAAUACGAGAUUUCUUUGAGUCGGCAAAACAAAAGAUUACAAUACAUAAAGCAACAGAGAGCCGUAAAACAUCCACAUUUUACUCCGUUCAGCCCAGUCUAGAUGGUUCCCAAGGCAGCCUGAACAAAUCAACCUCCCAUAAGAAGAGCUCUUCAUUCAACUCAUUGGAUACUGACUCUGUCCAUGGAUCUGACCUUGACCUUACCAGAAGCAAGUUUGAUUCUCUAUUUAACACAGUGCUUAGUGAGUUAGAGCCUGUGUGUCUCAAUGAACAAGAGUUCUGUGUACGCUUCUUCCAUCUCUCAACUGAGCCACAGUCCCCUGAUGUUACACUCAUUGUGGAAAAGGAAUAUUUUGAUGAGGAUGGUCAACCAAAAAAAUACAGUCCGGAGGAACUACAAAAAUCCAACAGAAAGUUAAUAAGUGAGGAGAUCCGAAAGAUGAUGGGAGGAUUAUUCCCCAGUUUGGAGCCAUCCUUAGUUGACUUUGUGGAGUUUGGAUACAGGCUGGAUGGAUUUAACUCUAUGUACAUGCUGGUGCGUAUGAGUCAACAUGUGCUACAUGCCCAGGAUACAGGUUCCUUCCUGAGUAAAUCAUUUGCCUCAUGCCUCAUAUCAAUCAAAAGAAACUUUGACAAAUUUAUACAAAGUCAAAUUCGGUCCAUUGAAGAUUACAGGGUGACCAAAAAGGGCAGAUGUGGUAUAAUUCCGUUUGUCAGUAACUUUGAGGACUUUGCCAACCAAGCAGAAAGGAUAUUCAAGGGGUCUGACAGACGGACAGACUUAGACAGAUCCUACAGAACCCUUGUACACACCAUAUUUGAACAAAUUGGAAGAGUGGCCUCUGAACACCCGAAGACCCCUCGAAGUGUUGUGAUGUUAGAGAAUUUCCACCAUAUGUACUCUAUGCUGUCACAGUUAAAGAUCCAGGUGCUGGACACAGAGCGAAAGGAAGCCAAACAGAAGUACCAGGAGAACCUACAAGCUUAUGUUACAGCACAACUUGGAAGACCCAUGGAGAAACUUAAUUUAUUCUUUGAUGGUAUAGAGAAUCGUGUGGCAGCAGGUGUCAAGGCAGAGGAGGUAGGCUACCAGCUGGCAUUCAACAAACAAGAACUGCGAAAGGUCAUCAAGGAGUACCCUGGGAAAGAGGUGAAGAAAGGUCUUGAUAACCUAUAUAAGAAGGUUGAAAAACAUCUAUGUGAUGAAGAGAACUUAGCACAGGUUGUUUGGCAUUCCAUGCAAGAUGACUUCAUAAAACAAUACAACCAUUUUGAUGAACUGAUUAAGAAGUGUUAUCCUGGUUCAAAUGUGACACUAGAGUUCACUAUGAGAAAGAACAACGGCUUUGUUUCCUCUACAGAGGUUUUAAUUUCUAGGU